AUGAAAGAGGAUAAACCGUCAAGAAGGGAAGAAGAUUCCAUCCCCCCAGCUGACGAUGAUUCAACUAGCAUAUCAAGUGGAAUGAACGAAGCUCUUGAUUCGGAAUCCAUUGUCUUCAACCGGAUGCCACUUCUCAACUACUUUAGAAUUGGAGGCUCGUCAGUCCCUGGUGUCGAUCCAGGGGCCACAAUCAAUGACACUGGAAACCAGGAAGAUCAGAUCUGCAUGUGUUCAGCAAUGGCACAGGUAAUGGUGGAAACUUCUGGACUGGCGCCGUCAAGUUCGGAAGGUAAAAGGAGUGCCUCUUCAAACCUUGGAACUGGUGACAACGACCACCGUCAUCUAUUGAAUUCAGAUCUCUGGAAGCACCCGUAUCAUGUGAUCGCCUUUGGUCUGAAGGAUGGAAGCAUCGAAUUUCGUUCUGCGUAUAGUGGAGCUUUGCUGAUUAACGAGGAAAGAUUCACUAUUCCUGGCGUUCAAUCUGAUGUUCCUCCUCCAGUGGUUGACAUCUCCUUUGAUUCCACAGGAACAGCAAUGGUUGCCAUUGACCUUGAUGGGAAUGUUGCUAUGUGGGAGAUCAAGUACUCGGUAUCCUUUCAACACCGGGGAACCCGAGACAGCCAUCUUCUUCGAUCAUCAGAAGCUCCUCCAGUAUCUCAUGUCAAUAGGAAGGAAGCGCAAAAGGAAUCCGAAAGUUGUCUGUUUUCCCUUCCGACUUUGACCGUGGAUUCUGUCUCUGUCUCCAGAAGUAGGUAUCCAAAUUCAUGGGCGAAACCUACAUGUAUCACCAUUGAUCCAGCAAAUAGACGGAGUAGAGAGAAGAGCUUCAUCACUGGCUUCCAAGAUGGGCGGUUGGUCCUCACUCGUCGUGGUGGACUGUUCCAGCGAAGGAAUGAUACGGUUGUCUAUCAUGGAACACCUGAUGCAUCUGAAAGUUUCAUCAAAUAUCGAGGCAUCGAAUGUAUUGCAUGGAGAGGCUCGUUUGUGGCAUGGGCUGAUGCAAAUGGUAUCAAACUGCUGGAUGUGCAAUCAUUGACAAGAAUUGCGCACAUUGAUAGACCUAGUGGAGCCCGUCCAUCAUUGUACCCAUCAAUCUCAUCACUGCAACCCUCCCUCGUUUUUGAGAGAAGUCAUUCAUUGCUGAUUAGUUGGGGUGAUUGUUUGAUGGUGAUCGAAAUUGAGGACUCGAAGGAACCAGGCAGCGCAAACAAAAAGCGUAGUGUUGAGUGCUCUAUGGCAUGGGAAUUGGAUUGCGUCGCUUGUGGGGUUGCGCCAUUGGACACUGAUCACGUCCUUGUAUUGGGUUUAGUCCCAGUAGAAGACGACGCAGAGAGUGUUACAGUGGCUGCCAGAGCGAACGAUAUCGAUGUUCAGAUUUUGUCACGAGCUGAUGGGGCAGUAGUCUACUGUGAUUCACUCCCUGUUCUUCAAAGAUCAAAUAUUAGUUCUGCAGUUGGUGGAGACGUAUCAAAAUCGGGCACUUCUUUAAAACUGCUUUCUUCGUUCGCACUAUCGAAGAUGGAAGAUUCGAUCGAAGUGGAGGAACAAAAGCGAUUCAUUUCGAAUGCAAUGGGCGAGUUGGACACGUCGGUGCUCUUUGCACCAGAUUUCGGCGAAGCUGGAAAUCAUGUUUUCCACGACGCUCAUUUGCAAUGGAAUUUGAUAUCGGCCUAUGAGGAAGAAGCAAACGUUACCUAUUUUGACGGAGAGACGGACAGCGUUGAUAGUGACGAUUAUGGAUUCAUUUUACGACCAGAGGCUGAUCUUCUCGGCAGCAAACGCGAAAAUGAAACGCCAACUGGUGCACCACCUGUCAUGGUUAUCGUCACACCGUCAGCCAUGAUUCGUUCGCAGACGUCCACAGUCGAUGAUGCAAUUGCCCAUGCAUUGUCACGAAACAUGAGUGCGCUUGCUCUAAAGCACGGUCUUCUCCACAAGCAGGAGAUACGUCGAUAUCAAACUGUUGAUUUGGUUGACAACUUCCUUCAAUCUCUGUUACGCUUAAAUAAAAAGUAUCGCGGUGAAAUGGAUGCUCCUGUUCCAACUAGCUCACGGCCACUCUCUUUGCGCAGGAUGCAGAUUGCGCUGCGGUCGAUGCCAAACCUCCUUGGAGACCGGGUUGCCAGGUGGGAAAAGUGGAUUAAAAAGCUAGAUGCUAUCCCUGGAGUAAUAUUUCUUUUGCGGGAGAACCUUCCAGUACGAGAUCCUGUCUUGCCACCGUUGGUGUAUGAAAGGGUCUUAAUAAAGAUGUUUCGAGAGGUCGAAGACUUGAUUCACGAUGACACUGAGUCAAGGAAAGGGCUAUUCCUACGUGAGGAAGCAGUUGACCAUUUCUUAAACAGUUUGCUUUCGUGGGGUCCAUCGAGUGCGCUCCAAGAAUACAUUGGGUUGUAUAGUCCUAGAAACAGAAAAUCCAGGGAGUGCCAGACACUAGAGAUUGCGCUGCGUCGGAGACAUUUCCAGUCUAGCAAAGGGUUUUUAAGUUUUCCUGCAACUACUUUGGAGACUGAAUCGGAUACAGCUACUUCCGAACCCCCUGAGAGAUCGACGGAAGGAGCUAAGGAGUCGUUGUAUUCGAUCGUGAACGUCAUGAAGAUAAUUGCAAUUCAUGCACCUAUGCUUACAAAACGCGGCGAGUUCGAAAAUGGGGUGCAGGAAAGUGAAGAUAGCGACAGACGGAUGAACAGCCUUCUUUCAUUCGAAGCAAUGGGUCGAUCAACGAAAUCGAACGGAGCGCCAUUAGUGCAGCAAAAGAACCCCGUUCCAUUAACUCACCGAGGGAGAAAAGAUUCUUUGCCAAACGAAUCUCCGCCACUAUUUGCCUUGAUUCAACUCGUUGGUUUGGAUCGUGGAAGCCGUUUCUUGAUGGAGCAUUGCGUCGCUCCCGAGCUGCCCUCUCUCGAAGUAGAGUUUGAGGUCUCAUCUAUGAGCGGGACGAAAGACAUGGUGCAGAAAGAGACUCUGCCACUAGACCUUGUUGCAAGACAGCUUGAACGUAGUCCACCCUUCUUAUAUUGGUACCUCAACAUGAUUUUCACCGAGAAGCCAGAGCUCUACGUGAGGUUUCCAAACAACUAUAUCCCUCCAAAAACCGUUACAGAGCUUCAUCGAAAGCAUCUUGACUUACACGUCAAAUUCGCUGAUGGCAACAAGUUCUCUGACCAAGCUUUAUUGGGGGUUGAAAAAUAUGAAGUGAACACCUUUUCAACACCACUUUUAUCAUUCUUGAAGGCUGCCCUCCCAGUUGGCGGACUUUCCGCUUUGGAAGUAAGGAGAUUGCUCGAAUCUCAUCGGUCAAAAGAAGCUGCAGGGAGUGACAAGUCGCUUUCGGCACAAAAGUCUAGUUGUUUUGCGCUCGAGUUGGCCUUCGUAAUUGAACACUCCGGCGACCAAUCAGCAACUGAAGCCAAGGGAAUAUUGGACCUAUAUUUAGAUGGGGCAAACUCUCUGAACCUCGCAGUGUCAUACGCACAGAGACAAAAGGAUUAUUCCAAUCUUCUUUGGGAUGAGCUGAUCGGCUAUUGCCUAGACAACGUAUCCCAAAGAAGAGAAGGCGAGGGACUACUUUUCGGUGCACUGCUUGAGGCAUCAGCAGUAUAUGGGGCUGAUUUAUCUCGCCUAGUUUCUAGAAUACCAGCAGGGAUGGUUGUUGAAGGAUUGCGCCCACGUCUGGUUUCCGCAGUCGCAGACUACAGGUUGAAGCUAGACGUUCACGAAGCUGCAUUGACGGUAUCAGAAGAAGAAAAAUCUUCGAUGCAAAGGCAAGUAGCUCAUCGCUCAAAGAGAGGAGUUCGAUAUUCUCCAAUUUGGAAUGCGAAAGGUACGAAUGGUGGGAACAGUGAUUCUGUAGCUGAUCCUUCAAAGGAAGAUCAUUCGAAGGCGAUUGCAAUUACAAAACCAAAACUCCGACGCGACAGGUAUCGCCUUUCGUACUCGUCACCAAUGAGAUAA